AUGACCACUCUUUUCACAGUCCCGAUCACCUCGACUGGAGGCUCCAUAGUGUGCACCAAUCCCACCGCGAGUAAAGGCAAAGAACAGCAGAAUAUCUAUCUUCUAACCUUCACUUCGCCAAAAGACAAUCGUUUGACUCCGACUUUCAUUGAUGCGCUGAUUUUAGCGCUAGAUAUCAUUGAACACCGCUAUCCAAAAGGUGUCGUGGUGACUACCAGCGGUAUCGCCAAGUUUUACAGCAAUGGAUUAGACCUGGAGCUUGCAACAAGCACAGAAGGUUUCCUGGAUAAAUGGCUCUGGCGGUUGUUCAGGCGAUUUCUGACAUUCCCUAUGCCGACUAUCUGUCUGUUGAACGGGCACGCAUUCGCAGGUGGCUUUAUGCUCGCCAUGUAUCAUGACUACCGGGUGCAGAAUCCAGAAAAAGGAUUCUUGUGUGUCAACGAACUGGAAUUCGGAGUCCCUCUACAAACACCUAUGAUGGCGAUCUUCCGCGAAAAGCUGAUCCCCACCAGCUUCCGGAAUGUGGUCUUGGAAGCGCGUCGAUUUGGUGGCAAGGAUUCGCUACAGGCGGGUAUCGUUGAUGCGGUUGGCGGUCUAGAAGAAGUCAUUGAGCUGAUUCUUAGUCGAAAAUUGCUCAACAAAGCUGAAACAGGGAUUUAUGGCACCAUGAAGGAGGAAAUGUAUUCACGAGUUCUCAAUGGUCUCGAUGACCAUGUCGGGAACCUGAGUUGGCGAGACAGGGUCGAAGACAGAAAUCAUACGCUACAGAAGAGAAGUUUAGAAGAUGUGGAGCUGUGGGAGAAAGCUAAUAAAGCAAAGCUCUGA